UUGAGUAUUUCUUGGCAAAAUUUAUCGCCUUUGGUUUCUGCACGGACGUGUUAACAGAUUUAUCUGGUUUCUGCUUUCGUUUAUCACUCGAAGAAAUUAAUUAAUAAGUUACAUUUGUGUGGGUUAUUAUAGUCACCCACAUACCACACUGUUUUUCAAAAAGUUUGCACUGAAAUUCUGCAGCAGAAACCACAUAGAACUUGUAAGAAAAUUGUAUCGAAAAAUAUAGUUUUCUGCAAAUUUCUUGAUAAAUGCAUGUGCUAUAUAGUGCAUGAGACACAGCUGAACUUGUUUGUUUUAUUGCAACAUGGCUAUUUCCUGGAGUGAUUUCAUAUUUCGUCUUCUAUAUUAAGGUCCGAGACUAUAAAAGUUUUUAAAAUAUGGCUCUAUUUGUUUCUUCUACACAAACCCCCCAAAAAGUGAAAAAUGGUUCUUUAUCGACCACUAUCUGUGCAAAGUGCAUAUGUUGUCCUUAUGGAUAUCACAUAGAUUUGGACUUUGUUCGUUACUGUGAAGCCGUAGCUGCAGGAUGUCGUAGUCGGUCUGGCGUUGACAGACGAGAGAAGAAAGAACGUAGAAGACAAUGUCAAUCUAUGGAAUUCCUUCUCGGAUUGGUAAGUUCUGUUUCUCCUAAACCAAUUGGAAAUUCUACAGAAUUAUCAAACACAAGUUAUACUGCUGAUGAGCCUUCUUCAUCGAAACCAAAUGUAGUGAAAGAUGCCAAUACUAACUACAUAUCAGAAUUGGAUUUAAGUGACGUUGUUGAUGAUUUUGAAGCUGCUCUGCUGCGUUCUUCUGAAUCGUACAAAAACGAAACGGAAAACAAGAAUGCAUUAUUAUUUCGCUCAGAAUCACCAGUUGAUUUAAAAGUUGCAAGAUCUGAGAUAACCUCAAGGGAAGAGUUUGAUGGUCUUGGCAAUAUGAAGUCUAAUUUAAGCACCGGGAAAUUACAGAACAUAAGAGAACAAAUGGCUGAAUCAUUAAAAAGGAUGAAGGAAUUGGAAGUUAGAGUGAAAGCAAUACCAAUAUUGCAGGUGCAAUUAUUUGUUCUUGCGGAAGAAAAACGAAAAUUACUUGAGGAAUUAAAAGACUAUAACGAUUCAAAGACAAAAAAUAAUGCUAACAAAAUACAUAGAUUACGAAGUCAUUCAUUAUCAGAAAACCAAUCCUGCAAGAACCAAAUAGAUGCAUCUGUAAGAUUAAAAAGAGAUAUUGGGAUCUCUUGUACUGUCAUGACUAGAGACGUUGGUGUUUCUCAUCAGCAGGUUCAAACUAAGGAUGCAGGAAUGUUGAUUAGUUUGCCCGUGACUCCUCAGAAGAAGCUAACUAAUAGCAAAACUCGAAUUGAAUGCAUUAUGCCUGUUACUACUAAAAGAAAUUUUACGUUAUCGAAAUCUACUCAAAGCGAACUUACAUUGGAAAGUAUUGAAUCCAUGUUAAAUCAGAAUUCUUUAAAUGAAGAAACUGCAUUGACCAAGGUGAAAAGCUUUCAAGAUUGUGGUAUUAAUACAGAAGUACAACAAAUAGAACCUACAAGUAUUCCUUCCGACAAUGUUUCUGGUGAAGAAUUUAAAUCUAAAAUAAAAACAAAAGCAGAUAUGGUUAAUAAAGAAACAAUGACGAGUUUAACAACUGAGAAUAUUGGAAUACUAGAUGAUAAUCAUGUUGGCGCAAAAAAGCACGUUAUCUCUCUGAAUUCAUUAAAUGACACAAAAUCAAUUAUAAAAUUACGUGGUAAAGAAAAUUUGAAGAAUAAACAUGUGCAAACAAUGCAUGUUUUGUGCAGCAAUGUAUCAGUCACAGCAAAGCCUGUCACAUUCGACACUGGCACAGAUGCGAUGAAUCGUUCUACCCCAAAGUCAGUAGCAGUUGGACCUGAUCUGACCACAUCUAACUCAAUUUCUUUGAAUUCCAUGAAUUCGCAGAAUACACCAUUCAAAUAUGACGGGACACAGCUGAAACGAGUGGCGUCAAAGUAUGUCAGUGUGAAUCCUGCCGACUUGAUAAAGUCUGCAUCGAAGAACACGGACACGUUGGACCUGAAGCCGAGAACUCGUGACUUCGGUACCUCACCAGUAAGGAAAAAAUUCACUGAUAUGUCUGUGGGCGAAUCUCUUAAAUUCAACGAAAAUAUUUCUCAUGCAACGAAUUAUUGCGACAAUUGUAAAAACAUUUCAAAACAAUUUAAAAAUCAAACUAAACAUAAUAUACAAAAUAAUAUUAGUAAAGAAACGGCAACUCCAACUUUCCAUCGAAACAUACUGGAGGUAUCGGAAAACAAUUCGCAUUUAAAAAAGCAGGACAAUAGGGAUCAGUAUGAAAGUGUUGGAAGACUAGAACUUGACAAAUUUAUUGACACGAAUGAGGAAAAUACAUACUUCAAGGCAGCAAAUGACCUCAACGUUAAUGCUGAAUUUAAGGAAGAAAAUUAUCCUAAUCGAGCAGCUUAUCAAUUCCAAACAAUAAAACCGAGAAAAAAACUUACACCUGCAAAGGAAAUAAUAUCUGCAAUAAAAAUAAUGAAUGAUAAUUUUGAAAAGCUAUCAAAUAGAAAUAUGUCUUCUCAGAUUAAAAGUGCAUUCAACUUAGUACAACAAGAAUGGUUCAAGAUAUCCAGUACGGAAAAUGCAAAUCCUCGAGAUGUGAAGGAUUAUUUGGAUCUCUUUCAAGAAUAUCCAGCAUCACUUUUAAUACACAUAGUAAACGUGACAGAUUGCAGUGGAAAUACUGCGAUGCACUAUGCGGUGUCCUUUGGGAACUUUGAUGUCGCAUCUGCACUCUUGGAUUCUCAAGUCUGCGAUCUGAAUAAGCCCAAUACAGCUGGUUACACAGCCGUUAUGCUGGCAGCUCUUGCAGAUGUACGAAAUUUUAUGCACACUUCAGUGGCGGAAAGAAUUUUCCAAAAUUCUAAUGUCAACAUCCAAUCAAAAAUGGACGGACAAACAGCUUUAAUGUUGGCCGUUUCGCAUGGAAGAUUGGACAUGACAAAACUGCUUCUUGAUGCAGGCGCCGACAUGAACAUUCAAGACGAAGACGGAAGUACUGCUCUAAUGUGCGCCGCCGAACAUGGGCAUAUGGCAAUCGUGAGACUUCUUCUUAACCAGACGAACUGCGACUCAUCGAUUCUGGAUUUAGAUGGCAGCUCAGCUUUAAAGAUUGCUCUUGAAGCUGGACAUCAUGACAUAGGAGUUUUACUCUACGCUCACGAACAUGUAAAUAAAGGAACAAAUCCUUACUUUGUAGUGAAGAGAAGUAGAAAAAAUUCUAAGUCAUCUGUUGGUUCUUGUGCCUCCGCAUCUGUUAAUCUAGGAUAAUAGUAAAAUCUAUGGCGCUCUGGCACAAAUGUACUGAAUAGAAUAUUUUUCUACCUAUUUAAUAUUUAUAUGAAAUAAUUUUUAUUUCAAGUUUUGUAAAUAAUGGAACGUGUACAGCUAUAAAGCAUUUAUAAUAUUGCAUAAAAAUAAUACGUAAUUAUGGGAAAAUUACCCGAGCAAAAUUGAAAAUACAUACACCUUUCUUCAGUUGCUAAUUAGCCAUAAUUUCUUAUAUAGAUUUCUAUACCAGCAGAAAAUAUUUUUAUCAGUAAACUACUACUAUUUUUAACUCUUACGAAGUUUUUCUCCUAUCACACUACAAUGUCUUUCCAAAAGGUGGAAAAUUAUUGAAUAUUUAUUAGGUUUAUAAGACUGAUUACUACAAAAUACGAUCAUGUAAUUUUCAUUGUUAUAUAUUAUAUGCUUGUUUUAACCGAGAAUUGAAAAAUAAAGGAUUUGGACAAAAUGUUAAUACUUAUUGAACUAGAAUUUUUUAAAUUAAAAUUUGAUUACAGUUUAAAUUGUUUAUUUCAUGAAUACUUUGGGACGCACGAGUGUUCUCCAACUGAAAAACAACCGAAUUGUCUUGAAAUUUUAACACAAUAUUCUGUAGAUAUGCAAAAUAUAAUCAAAACAAAAGUUAAUGCAAUGUCAUAAUGUAGUACGCAUAUUAUUUAAAAGAAGAUAAAUUAAAAUUUCUUUAGUAGAAGAGUA